AUGAAGCGCUCUCGCUCCAGCAGCCUAGUUAACAUUCGAGUAUUUAAGCCUGCCUCAUCCACCGCUUUCGCAUUUCAAAGGAAUUCACGGGUCAAUCCUUCUGUAAUCUCCGUUCACGCGCCACCCAAUGCCCACGAGACGGCCAAGGUGGGGAUUUUGGCCGUGUCGACGCCCAAAUUAACGAUUUGGCAAGAGAAUCACUUCUUGGACGAAUGCUUUCUUUGUAAGAAGUGGUUGCACCAAAAUGACACUAGAUUUAUGUACGGCGACUUCCGUGCGUUUUGCUCUCUUGAAUGCCGCGGUAAACUGAUCAGUGCAGAUGAUGAGAAGGAGAAAGCCAAAACGAAAGAUCCAUUAGAAGUAUCCACCUGGUACUUGACUUGAACAUUGCUUAAUUAACUUUGUUGGUGCGUAGCUUGUCAAUUUUUCAAGAUAUGCUUGCACUUUACGAAUUCAUG